UCACAAACAAACUCUCUUUCAUUUUCUUUCCCUGUAAACUCAUACUUUGAUGUUUUUUGUUCCGUUGAGAAGAUCAAGAAUAAAGCGCCGGAAAAUUCACUCAAAUUUUCGAUCAACAGAAGCUCUUACAUAAUUCUGUAACAGAAGUAUACUGAAAUCUGCCCAUUACUUAGCAAUGACGUCGUUUGAACCUAUCAUUCGAAUGGAUGAAAAUGCGUUUAGAGCUCAUGAGAAGAUUCAGCAGCCUAGAGUGGGCAGGAAACCUCUUACUGAUAUGACCAACUCUAGGAAGCCAACUGCAAAGGACAAGUCAUCAGUGAAGAAUAUCAGUGGUUUCAAGGCUCCAGAGAAGGUGUUGCAGCCUAAUAAGAUUGGCAGGAAACCUCUUGGUGAUCUAACAAACUCGAAGAAGCCGACUGCUCAAGAGAAAUCGGCUAAAAAUAAUUGCACUCAGAGUGUUUCAGCUGCUGUCAAGAAAGAGCAAGUCCAGAGUUUUGCUUUAGGGGAAGGUUUUCUGCAUAACCAUGAUGAGUGCAUCAAGGCAAAUCGACAAUCUAUGAGCUUGGAUUAUUUCCUGGAAACUGUUGCCCUUAAAAGAGAUUCUGCAUCAGUUGCAACUCCUCAGCACCCUGAACUGUCUAAGGCCGCGAAUCUGGAGCUUGAAAUUCCUAUGGAGAUCGAAGAGAUGGAAAUCGAAACUUGGGAUGUCUGCGCUCCUGAAAGUCCUCAAGCACCAAAGUCUCCAAGGUCCCCUGACUGGAGUAUGGAUUUUCAUGAUCUGGAGUUAUCACCCUUGAAGCUGAAGGAGUCACCAGUCAGGAGGAGCCUCAGGAUUUAGUUUUCUGCUUAACAUUCAUUUCCUUGUGACAUCUUGGCUUUAUCAGGUGCCUAGUAUAGUCCCAUGAUUGUAGAAUAAAAUAGAUUGCUGCUUUCUUUUGCUGCUAGAGGGAGAUCAAUACUUUCUUGUGUUAUCUCCUCACUUUGUUGUGUCGAUCCAAUAUUAAAAUUGGAGUAUUAAUAUUAGUUCCCGAUCUCUUUGUUUUA